ACGUCAUAGUUUGUGUAUGUGAGGAAGGUCAGGUUUCGUUUAGUAGUUCCCGUACUGUGCGGGUCGCCAGUUCUGUAGAUAGCAUGACCCUCCGUAUAUACAGGUCGAGGAAACCAGCGGCAUUUGUCCAUUUCUUUUGACGCUUAACUUAUGUUUUUUUAUACACACAUCUCACCGGACCAGAUGGAUUUUAGCCGUUGAAUAUUGAUAUUUAUUUAUAUUCUUCUACUUCGAGAGCGAACUUUCUUCGUUGUGUUGGUUGCAAGCGUGCAUCUGAGUUCGCUUAUUUUCACUUUGUCUAGAUUGCAUUUAUAUAUAAUAAUAUACACAUACAUAUGUACAUAUAUAUUUAAACAUCAAUAUUUUUUAUUUACAAAUGCCUCAUUGUGCUUAAUCUGAAAUAUCUGUUUGAGAGCAGUUCUUUUUUAACCGGCGAACUACAUUUAUAUACAAUUUUAUUAUCCCACUUGUUGUUGUGUGUGCGUAAGGAAAUAUCAGCUGUUACUUUCUUUCAUUCAUAUUGUUUCAAAUCGAACUUGGUACCAAAUUCGCUUCAUAGUCAGCCAUUACAGGAGUAUUUCAUGCGAAAAUCCACAACCAAUUCUGUAAAGAACUGCUAUAUAGAUAAAGUGUCUUUUUUAUGUUUGAAGAUAUUGUAAAGAAUAUUGAAGAGUAAGCAAGUUGAAUCACACGGCAGCGUAGCAACAUUGGUGGUAUAUUUUUUUUCCGGAGGUAACCAACGACUAGAACUCACUGAAAUUCGGGACUUUAAGCAUGAGAACUUGGAUUUUGACUACUCCAACCGUAGCGCAGGGAAUACCUUCUUGACGUGAGGAAUUACAGGUUAUUUUAAGUCAUAACUGACAAAACCCGCACGGAGUUUAUAAAUAGGAGUGGAACCGAUACCAUCGUGUUAAGCGGGAGAAAAAGCACACCGAUUCCAAGUGCAGUUUUAUGUGUUUAUACUUGUGUUUUGCAUGAAUGUGUGUAUGUAUUUACAUGUAUGUAGAUGAAUAUAUCCGUUGAAUACGAGUUUAUGAGUUUCAGGGAACUACCGAAAAUUACAUAUAUAUAUAUUUUUUUAAAUUUGAGAUAAAACAUUCUAAGGGUAAACAACCUGGUGGCUACCAACUGGGAUCUCAUAGGUUGAAACGAAGGGUCGACACAGUGAAAAUUGCCAGCACGGUUGAUAUAACAAAAUAAAGAAUUAAGGAAAUAAUUGAAAGAGUGAGAGAAAAAGUUGCGUGAAAGAGGUGUGAUAUAAAAAAUAAAAUGAUGUCGAACUUACCCGAGUUUGCCCCUCUUCAGAAGGGGCAACCUUCGAAUGUUGAACAUAAGCAACAAAUGGAUACGAUUAUGGAAGAACUAAAGGUGCUAAAUAAUAAGGUUCGUGCACUUUUCGUCUCGGUUUUAGUCGGCAUCGUGGUGUUAAUUAUUGUUAUAGCUGUACUAUUCGUAAACUUCAAUAGUGAACUUAAGAACCAUUCUCAUGCACCGAAGGUCGGGGAACAAAUAUCUAAAAUGUUAAAUCGCGAAAACGAGGAAUUAUGUGUUCCAUGUGACAACCUGAGACUCGGUCCCAGUAUCGAAGAAGACAGAUUUUUGGACAAGCUUACAAGGAAAGAUGAUCCUAAAGGGGAGCAGUGUUGUGUUGAAAGUCCAAAACAGUUACUGGAUAUGCUCAAUCUAUUUAUUGAGAGGCGUUACAGAGAAGAAAUGGCAAAGGGAAACAUUAAGCUGUCCAAUGAAGAUUCUCCAGGUGAUAAAGAAAAUGUUCCAGCAGCCCAUAUGAUGGGAAGUAUAAAAUCUAAUGUGCCGUCAAGAGUACCUGGUAAACAAAUAACAAUUGGUGAAUGGAUUUUUAACAGAGAUCUUGGAUUUAUCCAAAGAGCCAAAUAUCGUCAUGGUAGAAUCGUUAUUCCAUCUACAGGAGUAUAUUUCAUCUAUAGCCAAGUAUCUUUCUUGGAGGUGGUUGAUAUCAAACAAGGCAACUCAAAACCACCAUCAACAACUUCACCAAGUUUAUCACAUUACCUCUAUAGGUAUAAUUUGAUCUAUCCUCAUGGAGGAGAAGAAACAUUGAUCCAAAACUCUAUAACUAAGUGUUGGGGUCAUAAUAAAUCCUUCGGGGAAUACACUAGCUACCUUGGAGCAGUUUUUCAGCUGAGACAAGGGGAUGAAAUCUUUGUUAAGGUUUCAAAUCUAACAUUACUAACAAAUGACCCUAAAUCAAAUUAUUUUGGAUUGUUCAAAAUUAAUUGAAUUUGGCAAAGAAAAUAAAGGAUGUUAGAGAGAAAGAAAAAAAGGAAAUUUCAAAAAAAUAUUCACACUUGCUCCAACUGAUAUGGUUUUUUUUUUUUUUUUUUUUUACAUAAAACCUGCAAACAAGUUAAUGAUAAUCUCUCAAUAAAAUCCAAUUUUUUAUACAAUUACACACAUCUUUAAUAAGGUUCAGUUGGAAAAAAAUAUAAAUUUAACAAAUAAAAUGAAAGAACUAAACCAAAAAAGCGAGAAAGUUAAAAACAGAAAAAAAUUCUUUAAGUGGUUUUGAAAACUGAAAGCAAAAAAAAAAAAAAAAAAAAAAAAAAAUUGAAUAAAAAAAUAUCCAAAUGGUGGUGCUUUGAAUGCAUGAAAUGUCAGAAAUAUGAGCUGGGUAAAUCCUAAAGCAUUUUAAAAGCUAAACAUCUAAGAAUAUAAAGUGCAAAAGAGAGAAGAGCAAAGUCAGCCUUCACUCACCACUUCUAUCUAUUUCUAUCACCUUAAUGUCUGGUGAACCAUAAUGCUGUGAUUAUAUAAAACAGCUCCUGUUUUGGUUUCUUUUAAAAGAAUCACAGAAUCAGUAGCCAUAAUUACACUGAAGAUGAAAUUGAGAUGGGGGGGGCAUAAAUUAAAUUUCUGUUUCAUUAACAAAUUAUAAGAAUAAUGAAAAUAAGAAUAAUUAUCAUUUCAACCCUAGAUUAUGAAAAUUAUACAUAGCCUUUCAAUGUCAAGAUCAAGGAUUAUAUCCUUUGAAAGAAAGAAUAAGGUUUAUACAUCUAUAUCCUGUGAAUAAAAGAAUUGAGAUAUAUCUUUUGAAUAAGCAAUUUUAGGAGAUAUCUUUUGAAUAAAAACAAAAACAAACUAGGAUAUAUAUAAAUGAUAAUUAUAUAUAUUGAAUAAAAGAAUUAGGAUAUAGAUUUUAUAUAUUAUAUAUAUAUAUAUCUAUUGAAAAAGAUCUGGAUAUAUAUAUAUACACACACACACACUCACCCCUAUGAAUUAGCAAAGUAAGGACAUAUGUGUUCAUACACACAUUAUAUAUUUCUUUUUCCAAUGGUCUUAACAUUUUGACUUAUACCAGCUGACUCUUCACUUUUAAGAAUUGUUUUAUAAAAUAUGUAAAAAAAAAAAAAAAUUAAAUAAAAAAAAUUUAAAAAGAGAAUAAAAUUUGUUGUUCUUUGGACAUGAAAAAUAAUCAAAGACAACUCUAUUCUUCAGAACUGACAUCUUGAAGCUUCCAAAAUUCCCUAUCUUUUUUUUUUUAUUAUUCCUGUCCUAUUAAUAAUAUUAAAAUAUAAAAAAAAAAAAUUAACAACAAAGGAAAAUAAAUUUGUCUAAGAUUUCUGUUUUCUUUUCCAACAUUCUACAAUAUAUUAAUGUCUGCUUUAACCAAAUCCUGAUCCGCCCUUAUAAAUGGAGACUUAAGUAAAAAGCAAAACAAAUUAUUGAAAACGAAAAUUAAAUAAAAAAAAUCAUCUCCAAUCGGUUUGUAUUCUUGGGUGUUUUGUGCAAAUUUUGGUUGGAAUAAUGACAUUAAAAAAAAAGAAUAAAAAAGAGAUACACAUUUGAAUAAAAAAAAAGACGUUUGUAU